UAUUUAUCAACAACUUAAUCUCAAAAACACUAGAAAAAACAAAAUGGACCACUUCUAUCUUACCCUUCUUUUCCUCUUCGUUUCCUUCAUCACCUUUUCAAUUUUUAUCAUAUUUUACAAGCACAAAUCUCAAUACAAUUAUCCAAGUCUUCCUCCAGGGAAGCCUGGCCUCCCUUUUGUUGGUGAAAGCCUUGAAUUUUUGUCUUCAGGUUGGAAGGGUCACCCUGAAAAGUUUGUGUUUGAUAGAACUUCUAAAUAUUCUUCUGAGAUUUUUAAAACUAAUCUUCUUGGCCAACCUGCUGCUGUCUUCUGUGGUGCUUCUGCCAACAAGUUUUUGUUCUCCAAUGAAAACAAGCUUGUUCAGGCCUGGUGGCCUGAUUCUGUUAACAAAAUAUUCCCUUCUUCUCUUCAAACUUCUUCUAAAGAAGAAGCCAUUAAAAUGAGAAAGCUUCUCCCUCAGUUCAUGAAACCUGAAGCCCUCCAGCGUUAUAUUGGUAUCAUGGAUACAAUUGCUCAGAGGCACUUUGCUUCGGGAUGGGAAAAAAAAAAUGAAGUAGUUGUGUUUCCUCUAGCGAAGAAUUACACCUUCUGGUUAGCGUGCAGACUGUUUGUCAGCCUGGAAGAUCCAGAUCACAUCGCUAAAUUUGCAGACCCUUUUCAGGAAUUGGCUUCAGGAAUCAUUUCCGUGCCAAUAGAUUUGCCUGGAACACCAUUCAGAAGAGCAAUCAAAGCUUCAAACUUCAUCAGGAAAGAGCUUAUAAGUAUUAUAAAGCAAAGAAAGAUUGAUCUAGCAGAAGGGAAAGCUUCUGGUACACAGGAUAUAUUGUCCCAUAUGUUGUUAACAUCAGAUGAGGAUGGAAAGUUUAUGAAUGAGAUGGAUAUUGCCGACAAAAUUCUUGGAUUGCUGAUUGGUGGGCAUGAUACUGCUAGUGCUGCUUGUACUUUCAUUAUCAAGUACCUUGCUGAGCUCCCUCAAAUCUAUGAUGCAGUUUACAAAGAGCAAAUGGAGAUUGCAAAAUCAAAAGGAGAAGGAGAGUUGUUGAAUUGGGAAGACAUACAGAAGAUGAAAUAUUCAUGGAAUGUGGCAUGUGAAGUUAUGAGAGUUGCACCACCCCUUCAAGGUGCUUUCAGGGAAGCUAUCAAUGACUUUAUCUUUAAUGGCUUCUAUAUUCCAAAAGGCUGGAAGCUAUAUUGGAGUGCAAACUCAACACACAAAAGUGCAACAUACUUUGAAGAACCAGAGAAAUUUGAUCCAAGUAGAUUUGAAGGGAAAGGACCAGCCCCAUACACAUUUGUACCAUUUGGAGGAGGACCAAGAAUGUGCCCUGGGAAAGAGUAUGCUAGACUGGAAAUUCUUGUUUUCAUGCAUAAUCUGGUCAAAAGAUUCAAUUUCCAAAAGAUAAUUCCUGAUGAGAACAUCAUUGUUAAUCCUUUGCCUAUCCCUGCUAAGGGUCUUCCAGUUCGCCUUCUUCCUCAUCAAAUUUAGUCCUUCAUCAUCUUCUUAUCCCUCAAGAACUUGAUUUAUUACAUACUACUAGCUAGCAUUUCCUUUGUUCUUUCUCAAAUUUUUUGUUUCACUUGCUUCAUCUAUGUUCAAAGGUCCUUUUUCUUUUUGGUAUUUAUUUAUAAAUGAGGGGAGAAAACUCACUCUUAAGAUUACUUACUGUUA